AUGGCAACCAAUAUUAUGUUAGAUGAUUUUUAUUUUUUGCUCUGUACUAGAUAUAAUGAUAAAGAUAUUCUAUUGGUACCAAUAGUAAGGUAUCCAAAUAUUCCAUCACAAUUAGAUUUUUGA